AUGUUAACGACCACCAAUCUUAAACCCUGCUUCAGAUGGUAUCGUUGUUUAAGUCAAACUUCUUUAAUAAACCAAUGCAAUUUUCGAAUAUCAGCCAAACGUUGCUAUAGCGAACAAAAGACUAUUGAAGAUGAUAUUCCCUAUAUCAGGAUGAAGAUGGUUAGAUCACCAAGAAGUAUACAGCAGAAUCCUUCAAGAUAUCUUAGAAGAAGUUUUGUUCCUAAAUAUUCCAAGGCACAACAUUUGAAGAAAGAUUGGAAUGUUCAAAAUCUAUCAACGAACUAUAAAGUUAAGGUAUGUACUACAAUUACUACCGGUGAAAGAUACGAUUUAAGUAAAGCAAUUGGACUUCUUAACCUCAAUGGUUUACAACCUUCGAAUUUGAUUCCAAAUGAGAUUGUUACUUUCAAAUAUAUAUAUGAUGGGGUUCGAGGUGAUAUUAUGGUGUUGGGACAAAAUGGGUCAGUUGUCAGUUGGGGAUUUGAUGAAAACACUCUAACGAACAAUAUAUUACCAUUGAUAGAAUCUGCCAUCAUCAACCCUUUAGUACCCGAUAAAUAUGAGAGUGAAGAUUUAGAUUUUAUUGAAUUAGAUAAUGAAGAUGAAACGACUUUGAAAUUACUACCUUCAGGGGAUGCGAAUGAAGCCAGUUUUAUAGCUGAAGAUGUCAUUGUUAUCAAUUCUAUCGAUCAAACAUCAGGUCUACUGGAUAAAGCAGCCUUUUCUAGUGGUAUAUCGAGAAGUACUUCGUUGGCAGUUUUAGAAUCAGCAUUAGAGGAGCAUAUCAAUAGAUCGAGAAUUAUCACAGAAUCAGUAUCCAAUGGGAAAAAAAUGAAUCUUAAUGAAAGAGAUUUUCUAAAAUCAAUCGGUAGAUUAUUUUUAAUUCGAGGCAAGUUGAAUUUAUAUUCUGAAAUAAUCGAAACUCCAGAUUUAUAUUGGAGUGAACCACAAUUAGAGAAGAUCUACAAGAACGUAUCGAAAUAUCUAGAUGUAGUUCCACGGAUUAACAUAUUGAACAGCAAAUUAGACUAUUCUACGGAUGAAUCUCGAGCAUUGUUGGCAGUGCUUAAUGAAAGGAAGAGUACAUUUUUAGAAUGGAUCAUUAUAUAUUUAAUUGCAUUUGAGGUAUGCUUUGAAUUGUAUCAUUAUUACGAGAAAAAUUACAUUCAAACCGAACAGUCUAGCACCGACAAAGAGAAUAAAAUCAAAUGA